AUGUUUCAGGUAACCGUCACAAUGAAACUUCUCGUGGUGUUCGCGAUGUGCGUGCUCGCCGCCAGCGCCAGUGUCGUGGAAAUGAUCAUGGAUGUGAACCUCGCUCCCAACCAGGACCUCGAGGAGAAACUGUACAACAGCGUCCUCGCCGGCAACUACGACAGCGCUGUCGCUCAGAGCUUAGAGUACGAGCGGCAGAACAAGGGCUCCGUCAUCAAGAAUGUGGUCGACGACCUGAUCAUUGACAAGAGACGGAACACCAUGGAGUACUGCUACAAGCUGUGGGUCGGCAACGGACAGCACAUUGUUAGAAAGUACUUCCCCUUUAACUUUAGACUCAUCAUGGCCGGAAAAUUCGUCAAGCUCAUUUCCAGAAACUACAACCUCGCUCUGAAGCUCGGUUCCACAAACAAUCCUUCGAACGAGAGACUUGCCUACGGCGAUGGUGUAGACAAGCACACUCAACUCGUCAGUUGGAAGUUCAUUACCUUGUGGGAGAACAACAGAGUGUACUUCAAGAUCCACAACACUAAGUACAACCAGUACUUGAAGAUGAGCUCGAAGACUGACUGCAACAAUCGGGACCGUCUUGUAUACGGCGGCGACACAGCUUACAGCAUCAGCGAGCAGUGGUUCCUCCAGCCCGCGAAGUACGAAAACGACGUCCUGUUCUUCAUCUAUAACCGCGAGCACAACGAUGCUUUGGAGCUCGGUGGGAUCGUGAACGCCUCGGGAGACCGCAAGGCCGUUGGACACGACGGUGAAGUCUCCGGUCUUCCUGACAUCUACUCGUGGUUCAUUACAACUUUCUGA